AUGAAAGCCCUCUUGCCUUUAGUCGCAUUCGGCACAACACUGAGUAGCGCCUUGCCUAGUCAGGAGCGAUCAACCCCUUGCCCCUACCAUAAAGGAGGCACUGCCCGUGAGCCGCUACUGAAAGACGAAUACACCGUCGAGCUCAAUCCCGGCUACACCCUCGAAGAGCACUAUGACUUCAUCGGCUUCGACCUCUCCGCCAAAGCCAAAAAGUUCGAUGUCAAAAACCGCCUAAACAUGUACGGCGUGAAGAUCGACGAAGACACCAUGCACAAUAUCAUCCGCUACGAUCCCGGUGUGCUCCGGGUCUCACACAACAUGGUCCUCGGCUCCGAGAAGCCAUGGUACAAGAAAUAUACGUUGGUGAAUGAGACCGAUGCAGAUGAUGAGCCGCAGAAGAGAUGGUCGAGACAGGGUGGGAUGUUCCACUACUCUACGGGACAUAUCAACGAAUGGGAAUAG